CACACACACACACACAUCACACACCCCAUGGGCCGAGAUGUAAGCGCCUUCUGCAGCAAUAUUGGUACGGGGCGGGGCCAAAGGGCAGAGAUUUUGACCCCUUAACUACACUUCCCAGAAGGCUGUGGUAUACGCUCGUCCACGUCUGACGUCAGAGCGGCUCCGGCCCCGGCGCCCUCUAGGAACUAGAGUCCGCCCCUGCGUAGCGCAAAGGCUCCCGGGAGUUGUAGUGCGCGCCGAGUCCGCGCAGGCGCCCGUCCCCGCGGCGGCGGCCAGGCGCUCCUUUGUGGCGGCCGCUGUCCUUUUGUGGGAGGCGGGUCGGCUCGGCCGCGCGUGUAGCUUGUCGUCUGUGGGUCUGUCUGUCCGUUCGCCCCGAGCCUGUGUGCCGCCCCCGAGACUCCCGGCUCCGGGCGGCCGAGCCCGAGACCUGGCCGGCCCGCGCGGGCCGGGUGCGCGGGUGACAGGCCGUGGGGCACUCAGGUGAUGGGGCGCGAGCGUAGCCCCGGGUCCGGGGCGCCUGCGGAGCCUGCCUGACCCCGACCUUGGGUCGCGGGCUGAACCUGCAGGGCUGCGGCGAGGUGCCCUGAGCCUGGGAGCGGGCCUGUCCCUCUCUCCAGCCCCCGCCAGCGGCGGCCGCCGAGAGAGGGCGCCAUGGAGACCCCGGCCCCGGAGCCCCGGGAGACAGCUCCGUCCUUUCAGGAUCCUGCUCUUCUCCUCAAAGAGAUGCCGGAAGAUAAAUUGGGUCAGGGUAUCUUGGACGCCAAGUCCGAGGAAUCAGUGACUUUCAAAGAUGUAGCUGUGGACUUCACCCAGGAGGAGUGGGGUCAGCUGGACUCCCCUCAGAGGGCCCUGUACCGUGAUGUGAUGCUGGAGAACUACCAGAACCUUCUCUCCCUAGGGCCUCCAGUCUGCAAGCCAGAUGUGAUCUCCCACCUGGAACGAGGUGAGGAACCAUGGCAGGUGCCCAGAGACGUCCCUGCAGGGGUUCGUUCAGAGCAGGGGCCCAGGCCUGAGACAGAGGAACCCUGGUCUCAGCAGCCAGGCGUUUACAAAGAAGAGCCAUCAUGGGAGCCAAUUGAGAAGAGGCUGGUGAGAUCAGGGCUCCACAACCCUGGUCUGGAUGGCAGGGGCACCUGGGGGGGCCCAGUAACUGCUCUGUCACAAGACAAGGCUGCCAGCACCUGGAACGUGUCCAUGGACAAGCACUGGCGGGGACAUGCAGUGUCUGAGAAGGAUUCUCACCUGAGGUGCACCCUUCUCACCCAGCCAGGCAUUCCUGCAGGAGGCAGCUCUCCAGACCAUCUGGUGGACAGCUUGAGGUCCAGUGGGGCUGGGAGCCGGCACCAUGUGGGGAGGCGUUCGUGUGGGUCCGGCCUGUUCACGUGCGGUGAGUGCGGGAAGGCCUUCCACCAGAGCGCGGCCCUGGCGCUGCACCGGCGCUGGCAUGCGCGGGAAAAGGCCUAUAAGUGUGGCGAGUGCGGCAAGGCCUUCCCCUGGAGCACCAACCUCCUGGAGCAUCAGCGGGUCCACACCGGUGAGAAGCCCUUCUUCUGCGGCGCCUGUGGCAAGGCCUUCAGCUGCCACUCAUCCCUGAAUGUGCACCAGCGCGUGCACACAGGCGAGCGGCCCUACAAGUGCGGCGCCUGCGAGAAGGCUUUCAGCUGCAGCUCACUGCUCAACAUGCACCUGCGUGUCCACACGGGCGAGAAGCCCUAUAAGUGUGGCGAGUGCGGUAAGGCCUUCAACCAGAGGACGCACCUAACACGGCACCACAGGAUCCACACGGGCGAGAAGCCCUACACCUGCAGCGCCUGCGGCAAGGCCUUCACCUGCCACUCGUCUCUGACGGUGCACGAGAAGAUCCACAACGGGGACAAGCCCUUCAAAUGCAGUGACUGCCAGAAGGCCUUCAACAACCGCUCCCGCCUGACACUGCAUCAGCGCACCCACACGGGCGAGAAGCCCUUCAAAUGCAGCCAGUGCGGCAAGGCCUUCAGCUGCCACUCGUACCUGGUCGUGCACCAGCGCGUGCACAGUGGAGAGAAGCCCUUCCGCUGCAAUGAGUGUGGCAAGGCCUUCAGCUCCCACUCCUACCUGAUUGUGCACCAGCGUGUGCACACUGGCGAGAAGCCCUUCGACUGCAGCCGGUGCUGGAAGGCCUUCAGCUGCCACUCAUCCCUCAUCGUGCAUCAGCGUGUCCAUACGGGUGAGAGACCCUACAAGUGUGACCAAUGCGGCAAGGCCUUUAGCCAGAAUCACUGUCUCAUCAAACACCAGAAGAUCCACUCUGCGGAGAAGCCCUUUAAAUGUGAUGAGUGUGGCGAGGCGUUUCGCUGGAGUGGCCCCCUGGCAGAGCACCGGCGGCUCCACUGUGGGGAGAAGCCCUUUGCCAUCCAGUUCGACAAGCACUUGCUGAACACCUACUAUAUGCCCAGCAGCCUGCUGGGUACAGGGGGCCCAGACAUGGGCAGCAUGGGCCCCAUCAGUGCCCUGGACGUGGCCAAGCUCCUGUGCGUGGUCCCACCCUCAGCUGGCAGGAGUUUUCCGCUGGGUGGCAACCCUGGAAAUUAAUGUGGAGAGAUUGUCCUCAUGGUGGCACUCCUGCUCCUUCCCCAGAGGGCACAGUGCCAAACCCCAGAAACACCUGUUAGAGGCCAUCACCUUCUGGAAAGGAGAUGCCUUUGAAGCCUUUGAGGAUGUCCCAUCAUCCUGUUUUCCUGGACGUGUUUGGAACUCACUGAACAGGGACUAGAUCUUUGCUGCAGAUGAAUGUGUCAGUUAUGUCCUUGAAAAGACUCCCGGGUCUUUCUGUUGUGGCUCAGCGGGUUAAGAGCCCAACUAAUCCAUGAAGACUCCCGGGUCUUUCUGUUGUGGCUCAGCGGGUUAAGAGCCCAACUAAUCCAUGAGGAUGCA